AUGUCUAGUAAGUUGUGUUUGAGUUUUUCAUAGCUUUUCUUCUUGUUUCCAAUUUAUUUCUGACACUUUUUGUUUGAUUUCUGCCGUUUUUUAUCGUUUUCACUUCAAAAAAUUGUGUUUUUCAGCCCGAUAUUUGGUCAAUAUGUUUAGUAAAAUGUUGAAGAUGUUUGGUUGCUGUCGCAACAAGAAUAAGGAAGCUGCGAAAACUAAAUUGACUGGUCUGAAACUCAAGCAACAACAACAACAAUCGACCAAACCAGCCAAACCAUCACCUGAGAAUCCAUCUUUCACUGGACAAAGCACAGAGUCAAUUGGUGCAUGGUUGUAUGAGUCAGAUCGAGUGAGUUUGAGUUUGUCUAGAGUUACUGUAGAUAUUAGCGCUAAAAAUUGCCUAAUUUUGAGAUUAAAAUGCCUAGAAUUACUGUAGAAAGCUAAAAACCAACAAUAUUUUUCCAGGCUGGCUCCCCCCAAGAAGUCACCGCUCGAGCUGUUUUUGCCAUUGAUGAUGAAGAUCUCGAAGUCCAGCCAACUCAACGCGACUAG